AUGUUUAAGUCCAAGUCCUUCGAUUUGGUCAUUGAGGAAAAGACCAAGAAACCGGAACGGCUGUACCAGCCUCGCCGGAUGCGAUGGCUAAAAUAUAUCAUCCUGCCGGCAGUCUUUUCCUUCGCGCUUCUGCUGAUCCUGGUCAAUGUGGACUUCUCCGAUAAUAGUGAGGACUCCACGCAUCUGGGCAAUGAGACAUCGCUCCUUAUAUCUAGCUAUGGAUUUGAAAAUAACACACUGCACCGGGAAUUUUUCUCCGGAGUGGUUGCAUUUCACAGUCUUGUCAUCGAGAACUGCACCAUAGUUCAUAUCAACGAUGGGGCUUUUGAUCAGGAAAGCACUGCGAACAUAACUAGCCUGCAGCUCAUUAAUGUGCAAUUGGAAAACUUCACUGAAUCCGCACUGCAUGGUCUUCACAAGCUUCAGAACUUUACUCUAGUCAAUGAAAAUAAUCACUUUAGGCCAUUUGGAUUCCUCUCAGCUGUGGCUGAAUCGUUAAUCAGUGCGGAAAUUCACCAGUCACUGGCCACAGAUAUAUCGUAUUCAGUGCGCGACUUUUUGGGAUCCCGGAAUUUCACCCAGUUGAAAUAUUUAGAUCUGAGUGGCACACACUUGGACAAAAGCCUUAUUAAAGAGUCCUUUGACAAUCUGCCCGCCUUGGAGCAACUGAUUCUAAGGAACUGUGGGUUGGGUCACAUCGAGUGGGAAAUCGUGAAGCCAAGACUCAAAUUGUUGCACCAUUUGGACUUGGGUGGGGCUUGGAAGAUGGGAAACUAUGAAUAUCAGUUGGACGUGUCCGCUUUCUCUCCUGAGACAACGACUAACUCUGAAGAGAUAUCUACAAUCCUGGCUGAGAGAGCGAUGGGUCCAGAAGUAGUGGGCACCACUACACCAGGAACGACAACGUCCAUAUAUAUGCCAUCAACAUCAAUACAAGAUGAUACAUCGACAUCAACACAAGGUACAACACCCAAAUACGAAAGUACAUCCACGACAGAGACUACGAUAUCGACAACACCAUCGUCAAAAUGCGAGGAGGAACUUUGCCAGGAUCUAGUAUGCUCCAGAAUUUCCACCGAUACGGUUUCAUCUGCAGAUCUGGGAAGAUCGUCGUGCCAGGAUGGCUUACUGGUGGAGAUCUGCGAAUCGACUUGCACCACUCCCACAUUCUUCUGUGUGAUAUUAGGCGAGAACUUUACCUCCGCAUCCAACUGUUGUUCCCACCAGACCAUGCGAUGUGAGGUCUCUGCACAGGUCUCCUGGUUCGAGGACCACAGCGGACUGGUCAUUGGCUUGGGAGUGGGUCUCCUCUUCGUCGGCAGCUUCCUCGGCAUGCUCAUCGUCUUCGGAACCCUGCGCCUAAAGCCCUCCUGGUUGCGCGGCAGUAGGCGGCGGGAGUCGAAGACGAUAGGGCUGAUUCAGGGAAGAUUCGAGAAGGACCCGUAUGAGCAAGUGGGAGGUCCGAUUGCAACUAUCGACAACAACGAGUACGUCACCGCCUAUCACCGUUACCUGGAGCAAGCGAAUCACCGCCCCACAGAGUCGAACAAGUACAUCCGCCCGCCCAGGGAUAGGGCUCCUUCAGUUCCGCCCUCCAGCGAUUAUCCACUGCCACUUCCGGCAAGGAAUUGCAACGUGUACGAGAGCUGUGAACUGUACGAGGAACUUCCGUAGGCAUAUGUACAAUAAAGAUAUAGAUGUGCAUACGAGUUCGAAGGCAAUAUUCAGGCACGAUGAACUUAACACAUU